ACGAAAGAAAUGCCGCUCUCCAGGACCAUCACCUUUGUGAACAAAAUUGGACUGGUGCCUCCAUUUCACCACUUUGUAUCAAAGUGUCUUCCUCUGAGUCUAAGAUUGAACUAUCCUGCUUUGAAGUCGUGAGUGCAAAAUUGAGUUACAGGAUGCAGAUAUGUAUGACCACUGAAAUGUCUUGCGAGUCUGUAUGAUCACUCCAACUCUAACAACCGGAACUUCUCUUACAUCUUCCGUCGUGGUAGCUGCUCCAACUGCACUUUAUCGAUGUCUCUGAGAUAUCCCUGAUCAAAAUUUGCAUACGGGAAAGAUUCCAACGAGAAUCCAGCUGAGUCCUCCAGUUCUUGAGUUGAUCUCCAAAACCAGUGUCAACCCACUUGCUCGUUGCAAAUUUUAGGUGAUGAGGAAACCGCAAGGAUCCUCCCGAGCUCUAUGAAUUCAGUUCUCAAGUACUACAACAUUCUCGACGAAAGCAGCUCAAUCGAUUCUUGACAAGAACGAGACUUGUUGCAAGGAGAUUCGAAAUCCAGCCAGAUACCUCUUCAUUUAGAUGGCAAGUAGAAGACUUAGUAGCCGUGCAUUGUUUCUCCUAUUCCUAAUAGGAUUCUUGACGAUCAGCAUACGGGCAGAUAUCUUUGAUGCAGACCUUGAUCUCCAAAAUUACGUGAGAUACGAGGCCAAAACUGGAAUUGAUAUCGUCUGGCAGCCAUCAAAUCAAGCUGAUCCUUCGGAAACCUGCAGUCUCUACGGUUACUACGACCCUGUCAUGCUAAACAGCACCGACGUCGUAAAACAGUGCUUCCAUGAGCUGCGGAGCCUUGUACAUUCGAAGUUUUUGAACGGCGAGCUGUACUAUACCAACACCUACUACUAUGCUUCUGACAUUUACCCUUCGUGUGUUGUCGUCUGCCUUCCCAGUGUUAUUUCAUCCAGCAGUCCGAGUGCUGCUGUUCCAAUAUACAGGUCAGAAUUUAUGGUCUUUAUCUUCUCGGUCAUAACAUCACUGUCAUUAGUGUCCGCUGCAGCAUAAUUUCAUAACUUUAGAAGUAAGAUCACCCAAUGAAUAGGUGAAUUUUCAAUCCCUUAGAGCUCACGUCCAUCCAGAAUCUUUUCUAUUCUGUGAAAGGUCAGAGUCUAGCAAACUUUGGUAGGCAAGAGUGCAAAAUUUUGCCUAGCAAUAAACUCGGGUUCUCUGAAUUACAUAGGUACAUUUGUUUGAAGCCAGAACUUCUAUUCAUGACCAGUAUAUUUGAAAUAGGUAGGUAGUCACUCGAAAUUCGAGAUGGUAUAGAUGUCAACCAGAGGCUGAAAAGUCUAAUUUAGCUUCACAUUGACGAGAAGUAUUAGAGGCGAUCCAUAGGGACAGAGAGCUAGCGACUCAGUUAGUCAACUUAAUUCUUUUAUGGAUAAUGUAACUUAUUUUGAAUACAAU